AUGGAGGGAGUGAAAGCUAAGUCGACGGUUACGUUUGAAAAUCGCUUAGUUAGUAAUAAUGGAAAUUUGUCUUGUUAUGAAAUCGCCGAUGAUUCAGAUGUAAUUUUAGAAGAGAUUCUGCCACCUGUAAACAUACACACUACAAGUGUGCCUUCGCCACCUUUUAGCAGUUCAGGAUCAAAAUAUGAAACCUUAUGUUCAACUUUAGGAGUCAGCUGUAUGGAAGAAACAUCAGUCAUACGUAGCGUUAUUAGAGAAAAGAGGGCAGCGUUUUCAAAAGAAUUCAAAUCGUUUGAUGAACAUAUUUGGAGACAUUUUCAGAUCAAUGGACAGGAUGACCGGACGUUCUCGUGGAAAAUGACAGUUCGACAAAAGCUUUUAACACUUAUUCGUCAGAUUUACAAGGAUUCUAAUUUGAUAGCUGUUGGUUCGACUGUAAAUGGUUGUGGCUCAUAUAACUCGGAUAUGGAUUUAUGUAUUUGUCAACCCUACAAAAAUCAUAGCUUUGACGCCAACAGAAGUUACAGCAUACAUGUGCUGAGAAAAUUGCAUAAGAAGUUUGUUACGGAUUGGCGUCAAAUGUUCAAGACCUGUCAGUAUAUACCAGCUAAAGUUCCAAUAAUAAAACUGGAAAUGGCCGCACCAUACGAAGAACUGGAAAUAGACAUUAAUUGUAAUAACGUAGCUGGAAUAUAUAAUUCACACCUUCUUCACUAUUAUUCAAGGGUUGACGAUCGUUUCCCAGCACUAUGCUUGCUUGUAAAACACUGGGCCAUAAAUGCUGGUAUUAAUAACGCUAUGAUGGGAACAUUGAAUAGCUACUCACUGAUUUUGAUGGUUCUACAUUUCUUGCAAUGCGGGGCAUUACCACCGGUUUUGCCAAAUCUUCAAUUUCUCUAUCCUUCUUUGUUCAAUGCAACUUGCAGUCUAGACAGCUUAGAGCUGUUCCGAGAUCUACCGUAUCCAUUGCCACCUCGUGAAUUUAACACCGAUACGGUUGGUGAGUUACUAAUAGCAUUUUUCGACUACUACGCUCGUUUUGAUUUCAAAAAUAAGGCAAUAUCGAUUCGUAAUGGAUGCGUGUAUGGCAGGGAGCUAUUAGCAGACAAUACUGUGCGCUUUAAAAUAUUUAUCGAAGAACCGUACGAUCAGAAGAAUACGGCGCGGUGCGUAACAAGUAUUGAAAAUCUACAGCUGAUCAGAGAAGCAUUUACAUCUGCAAGAAAUGCUUUCUUGCAAACUUCGGCUGGACCGCCGAAUUUGGAAUGUAUUGGUGUCCGCUGA